GAAAAUGACGGCGUUAUGGAGUGAGGUUUCUUCCGUUUAUGCAUCAAAUAAGCACCCUUUUUGCAUGUUCUGAUCUAAAUGUCUUCGUGUUGUUUUGUGCUCUUUGUAGUAUAGAUAUAUAGUUUCCUCAAUAAGUGGUGGGGAUGUCCACUGAGAAGAAAUCCAGAUUUAAGUUGAAGCGGACACAUUUUGUGAAUUCUGAUUCAUUUCGGGGGGGACCUUCUCCAGCAGAAGGUGCUCAACCGACACCUGAACAACCAGUCAUGUCUGAGGUACAGUCAAAAGUGCCACCUAUCAUAGGAGAAAGUGGUGACAAAGCAACUCCUGGUGGUUCUGACCUUUGGGAUUGGGAUGACACAGAGAAAACAGGAGACGAUACUGGAGAAAAGCCAGCUGCAGAUUCAGGUGAAGCUGCUAAUACUCGGUUGGCAGAGUCUGCUAAGCCAGCUGCAGAUUCAGGUGAAGCUACUAAUACUCGGUCAGUAGAGUCUGCUAAGCCAGCUGCAGAUUCAGGUGAAGCUACUAAUACUCGGUCAGUAGAGUCUGCUGAGCCAGCUGCAGAUUCAGGUGAAGCUACUAAUACUCUGUCAGUAGAGUCUGCUAAGCCAGCCAAUGAACCGGACCGUAAGACUGUUGUUUCAUUAGUAGAUUAUGAAUUUGAUUCUAGCAGUGCUGAGGACAAUCAGGACGUUUCCAGUGGUGAUGAUAAGGAUGCAGAUAAUGCUCUGGAAAAAGUGCAGAUUGAGGGAAACAUAAAUUGUGAUGACAAUGGGGUUGAGAAAGGUACUUCUGCAGAUUUAGCCAGUCGUGAUGAAGGAAAUCAGUUGAGUCACAGUGGUCAGGGGGCAACUUGUAUUGAUGUUACUGUCAAUGAUGAUGAAAGUACAAAGCUAACCAGGGAUGAGAAAGAAGCAGAACAAAUUAGUGACAAAAAAGGUUGUAAUUUGACUGUUGAAAUCAACAAGGGGACUAGUGGUGAAGCUGAGGUGGAAGACUUGGAAGCUGAGGAACCUUCUAGUGGGGGGACAACCAAAAGUCCUGGUGCACUGACAAUGCAGAAUUUAGAAAUUCUGCAGAAAAUGGCAGAGAAUUUAGUGGUAGAAGGGACAGAGGAGAAAUCAGUUGAGGAAGUGCCAGUCGAGUCAAUUAGUGUUGAGGAUAAGGUGCAGAUGGAUGUCAAGUCUGAGGAAGAAGAAAAUUUGGAUGAGGUGCAAGGGAAAGACACUACCGAGGAGUUGGACAAGGAAGGGGAUGUGUUAAAGCUGGAAACUGAGGGUUUGCCUGGGGGAUCUGACCACGUUGAGCGGGAGGUGGAAGCGAUGGAUGUUGUAUCUUCUGCGGAGGAUGUUGCCAAUGCCGUCAAUCAAAGUGAUGCAGAGUCAGAAUUGCCAGGCGGUGAGGUGCCAAUAGUUGCAGGUGAGGAGGAUGGUGAGGGGAAAGAUACUAGGGAGGAAUUGGACGAAGCAGGGGCUGAAGUUCAACAAGAGUUUGAUUUUGUUGGUGGCGAGAAUGGUAUUGAAGUGGAGAACUUUGAAAGCACGGUUUUUGAGGGCGACGUUUCAGAAUCAGAGUCACAGAGGCCAUCUGGAGUAGGUAGUGAGUGGAAAAGUUCCCUUUCGGCUGAAAGUUCUUCAGAUGGACCUGAAUUAGCAUCACCUGGUACCACACAAAAGGUUUGGGGUGCUUUGCGAAGUGAAGUUGGUGACGUUGUAAGUGACAUUGACAAUGAAAUGGACAGUUUUGUCAAGGACUUUCAACCGAAGGAGAAAUCUCCAGAUAAAGAAACAAUGCUUAGUCAGAAUGAUUCUGUUUCUAAUGAUCAGGAAAAUGCAGAUAACUCUUAUUCUUCACUGCCAAAGACAUUUGGGGGCUUCAAGCCACGGAAGCGGACAUUCAAUGUCAAUUUUCCAAUCCCUGAAUCCUAUCGUGCAGUUCUGAGAUUGAGUGAUGUGUUUACCACUAUGAAACAUCUUACUGGUAGUGUUUAUGAGACGCCUGAUAUUGUUAGGAUCGAUCCCUUGAUUCUGAAGGAAAAGUUUGGGGAGGAGUUUGUGGCAGGUUUCUUUGAUUCUGCUACAAGUGAGGAUGAGGAUUAUAUCUUGGUGUCAAAGAAGGUCACGAAAGCCUCUGGAGGGGGGCACUUUGAGAAGAAUCAUGUUAAGAAAGAAUUACCAGGUGACAUGUCUGAUGGUUGGUCUGGGUCUAGUAAAGCUGUGGCAAAGAAAAAUGGCAGAGGUAGAACACCAAAAAUGUUGAAGAGUGUAGAAAAAGAACCGAGUGUAAAAAAGUUCCAAUCUGAAAACAGGGCAGGAGAUACCCAGAUUUUGCAAAAGACACCUGUUACAAAACCAAAAUCCAGUACAAGUGAUUUCAGAGAAAGAGAGACUGAUACUCCGUCAUCUCAGGUGUCACAGCCUGAAAUAUCUUUCAAUUAUGACAAUACCCCUAGUGUGAAAUUAGUGGGUAUUUUCGACAGUCCUAGUGCCAGACUAACUCCUCCUCUUCAAAAAGAGAGAGAACCAGUUCUAACAAGACUUUGCCACGGUGGCGGGAGGGGGACGCUAAAUGUUGACGGCGGAAACUUUUUGCUUAAUCGAAGCAAAUGGUGGGAGAACAUUCCAAAGAAAAAGGUUAAGAAAGUUCUGAAUAGGUCUGUGGGAGAGGCAUCAGAAGUCGAAUCGACUGCUUCAUUUGAUAGUCUAGGAAGGGUGAGCCCAGUCAGUCUGUCUGCCGUGGAGGAGAGGGAGACUAAGCCAAAGGUUGUCCCUGUGAAAAAGAUACCAAUGGCAAAGAAAAGUACUGGUGGUAAUAAACAAUCGAAGCUACUGGGAGAGUCACAGAAACCUAUGUUGGUGAAAUCAGAGAAGAAAGUUCCGAUGGUUAAGGAGGAACCUGAUAAAUCCCGAAAGAAAAGACCUCCAAAGAAAAGAUUGGUCAAGGAUGAUAAUAAUAUAAAGAACUUGUUUGAUUUGAUGUCAUUAGGGCGGCUUGAAAUCAUAGUUGAACGAUGUGAUGCCAUGUUGGACUCUAGCGUGGUCAUUGUCAAAAAGGAGAAGGGGGACAACUCGUUUGUAGAUAUUGAGGGAGUUGAGGAGAGUUAUAAACCGUUGAGUGAAAGUGGAAGACCGAGGAAGAAAUCAAAGUCCCCUGCUCGGCAUGCGUUAUUAGAUUCUGAGUCUGACUCAUGUGGUGGUGGUGUCUCGUCCAGUGACCUAGGAACCAAGGAAGUAAGCUAUGAGAACUUUUUAAAAGCUGAGUGUGAAAGUUCUCUGUCAGAUGGUGAGAACUCAGAGCAUUCAGAUUUUGAACACCGGAAAAGAGCUCGGUUGAAGAAAUCAUCCGGAUCAGAUGUGUCUAUUGAUGGCUCUGUCAUAGACGAAAAAUCUGCAAAAAAGAAACCGAAAUCGAACAUACGGCAUGACAAAAAGGACAGAUCAAAGAAUACUCUGAACUUUGAUUCAGACUCUGAAUCUGAUAGUUUUAAAAUGGUGAUGAAAAAACCAAGCGUCAAUAAGAUUGAUAAAAAGAGAGGUCGCGGUCGACCAAGGAAAGAUGUUGGACACAGGGAUGCUGAUGAGAAACCUAAAAAGAAAAGGAAGAAACUGCCCGUUUCUGGUGAUGAGUUACCUGAUUUCAGUAGUACUGAUGAUGAAAUUGCGACUGAUAUGAAACCCAGGAAAUUCAAAGCAGAAUUCAAGUCGCCAAAACAAGGGGACAAAAAAGUGUCAACUUCUAGGCAUUUUUCAAGCGGUCUAAUUGGGACUUGUGCUGAUUUCAGUUCAGAUGAGGAGAAAGUGGGAUCCAACACAGCUACGGAGGGUUUGAAAUUUCAGAUUGCUGGAUUGGUUGAUUCACCAAAACUGUGGGGUGAUGAUCAAGAACCACCACGACAAGGCCAUGGUGUCACACGGCAGGAUUCUGCGCCUAUCUUCAUCCAAUGUUCCAAGAGUACAACAUCUAUCCCUUCUAAUUCUGAUUCCGAUGCGUCAUUGAAUGAGAAAAAGGACUCUGGAACUGAAAAGGACAAGCAGAACAAAAAGAAGUUGUCCAGGGACACAGAUGCAAUACAAAAGAAGAAGGAAAAAUCAAAAGCAUUUGAUGCUGUGAAAAAGAUGGGCCCAAAGUCUAAGCAGGCGAUGAAAAAAUCUGACUCGUUUGACUCAGUGAAAACGCUUGGUUCAAAGAAGUUGAAGUUAGAUAAGGUGAUAAAGUCUGAGGCAUUGGAAGAAAGGAAGAAGCUGGAUUCCAAGUCAAAGACAAAGAUUCCCUCCAAAGAUGAGAAACAGCUUGUCAUAAAGGAUCUUUUACAAGAUUCCAAAGGUUCAUCAAAGAAAAUAGCAUCAAGGGAAGUUGAUUGGAUACCUGAGUCGGGGGAUAGCAAAACAGACAAGAAAGUUACAAGUGGGUCUGAGAGUGAUGUUGAGGUAGUGCCCAGUCCACCGAGACCAGCUGCGGAAGUUGUGAAAAUUUCAUCUGAUAGUCAGGAUAGUGAUGUAGAUGUUCAUUCUAUCCCUACUACAGAGUCUCCAGCUCCUUUUGUUGAUGUUGAAAUGGGCUUUAGCUCUGAGAAUGAUGAUGGCGCCGAUGAUGUUGUGAUGGGGGACUCGCCAGAGCAAAGCGAAAAGGAGCCUGGGGAUCGGGAAACUUUAGAGAAAAGUGAUAAAGAUACUAAGCAGAAAACUGUUGUCAGUAAGGAAACUGUCAAGAAAGAGAGUGAGCAGAACUUACUAAAAAAGCUAAAGAUCUCCCCUGUCAAUGUGAAAUUAACCCGAUUGAAUUCUGAUGUGAGACGUAUCCUAAGAAAAAGGAAGCACAUGUCAAUUCACAGAUAUGAGAAGUUGACUGGAGUCAUUGUUCAGAAAAAGGCCCAUCUUGAGAGACAAUCGAGCACUGAAAAACAUAAGAAAGUCUUUGGAACUGAAACAGAUAAAAAGUCAAGUUUAGAAAAUCUUGUCAAGGAGCAAGGAAAAGAAGCAGGUUUAGAAAAAAGUUCUGGUAACAAAAGUUUCCUGAAGAGUUUGCAGGAUGAGUAUGACAGUUCUCCUGAGAGACCUGCGAAAGACAAGGAGAGCGAGCUGGAAAAAAAAGCUGAUGGAUCAAGUGUGGAGUCUGAUCCUGGGUUCCCAGGAAGUGAUGAAGAAAUGGCAGUGUUGGAUGAGGUUGGUGGUGAUACCUGUAGUUCCGAUGAUGCUGCCGAGGCCGUCUCUGGGGCUUCGGAUAAACAGUCGAGUGAUGAGGAGGUCAAGCAAAAAGGUAAAAAGAGAGUACUGAGGGAUUCGGAUGAUGAUGAUGAACCCGCAGCACCAUCAGCUGAUGAUAAGGGUAAAAAUUCCGAUGAGGAGGCUCCUGGAAAGAAAAAUACCCCAGAGGUAGAGGAAAAGCAAGAGGAGGACCUGAAAAAGUCACUGAAAAAAGAGGUUGCAGAUUCAAGGAAAAAAGUUAGUGCAAAAGAGGAGUCGAUGAAAAAGUUGAAAAUGUCCAGAAAGAAACAGAAGGGUUCUGGAUCUUCAUUAAAUGACAUAUUAUUCGGUGGCGGACCUGUUUUUGGAGAGAAUGUUACGCCUUCUUUAAGUACAUUCAAGAUCCCUAAGAGGGAGGAGAAGGGCAAGAAAGGGGCUGCAAUGAAGGAGCAAGCAGACAAGAGAAGCAAGAUUGAUAUCGUAAAGGAAGCAUUGGAGAAGACUCGGAUGGAGGAGAGGAAAAGGAAUUUGAUGAAACGAAAAGAACAGGAAGAAAAAGCAAAAGAAGAACAGAAGAAAAAACGGAGUCGCUUUGAUGCUGCAGUUGAUACACCUGAUAGGAAUCAAACUCGUAAGGCAUCUGUUAUGGAUAGGAGGGGUCUCUCUGAUAAUGAUCGGAGAGAGAAUCUUGACCGGAGAGAUUCCUUUGGAAAUCGGGGGAACUGGCGAGGUGGUUCAGACCGACGGGAUGCAUAUGGUAGGAGAGAUGUUGGCAAUGACUCUAGGAGAGACUCAGACCCAAUAAAAAGGGAGCCAGAUCAAAGAAAUAGAUUCUCAGAUCCUAGAAAUGUGAGAGAUUCAAAUCCAAGAAAUUCAAGAGAUUCUCAUUUCAACAGGGGUGAUUCUUCUAGGUCUCCAUUUGGUAAUGUCCAAGGGCACAAGUCGAGAUUCGAUAAUCCACAAACACCCAACCAGACACUGAAUGUUGCUCCAAAUCAGAACAUGGGCAAUGUUAAUUACGCAACACCCAGAACGUACAAAGAGUACAAGGAGUCUCUGAUGAGAGGUGGGUCAGGUCCAGGAAGCCAGCCACUGUCUGCCACUCCUCCCCAACAGGAUAUACCACACCGAGAUGUGCUGACUUCUACACCGCGUGGUGUUGGUGCCAUGAGGAAGCGUUCCCCAUCUCCUUCAAGGGACCAGAUACUGCGAGAUGGAAGGAACAUUCGGCCAGUUCACAAUGAGCAUCUCACACACAGGGAUGUUAAUCGAAUUCUCCAACAUGAGGGGAUGCCAGAUCACAACACUGGUAUGCCAAGUCCUAUUGAACAUUCCUCGCCAUCAGACAUUGGUAGCCAUGACUUUAUCGGGCCACAUACACCAGAUAUGCCAGAAGCAGAAGAUAUGGACAAGUCACCGGAGAUGAAAGCAUCAAUCUUGUCUCUCUUGACUGGUAAAAGUAAACAAACAGACGGGUAUCUUUCCUUAGGUGAAGACAAUGUAGAGUCUGACGAUGAUAUGGAUAUGCAGCUGAAAGGUUUCAAGAGGCCGUUGCUACCUGUGAAGAAAGGAGAACAGGGUCGAAAUGAACCUGGUCUGAGAGCACACGGUUCUAGAGAUCGCGAUCGCCUUGUUCUUUCUGCGCCGGAUGAUGAAGAACACACAGAGGAGUGGUUUGAUUCGAUCAUGGCGACCGUUGGGGAUACGGAGGAAGAAGAAGAUGUCCUGUCGUUGUAUGCUCCAUCGGAAUGCUCAUUAGUUAACAAGGGCAACAGGAAAUGGGAUACUCCACCGAGGAGAGGUGGUCAAGAGAGUCCACUCAAAGGAAUUAUGACUCCAAGUCGGCCUGGUCGAGGUAGCGAAGACGACAGUCAUGGUCAUCGAUCAUUGUCCCAGGAGAGUCCAAGCAGUCAAAGCAGUCAGGAGGACACCUUCCCUCAACAGAGGGCAUAUGCGAGGUCAAUGAUGUCAGCCCUGCAGGAUCAAACUGCUGGUACGAGUGGAUCACAUCCAAUGAAUAUGCGCGAGUUCAUCCAAACCUCACUGCGCCGGCGAGAGGAGGGUCUUGCUCAAGCCAGAGUUCAGAGUCUUGCUCAAGCCAAGGUCAACAAGAUCAUGCAGGGUUUGGCGCCCGAUGAUGAAAGGGCGCUUGUGCGAUCUGCAAUAUAUUUGAAAGAUAAUUUGGAUGAAACUGUCGACAUGGAUGUUGUGCGGACGGCACUUCAGAAUAUCAAAAUGAAAAGCUUGAUGGAGGCGAGGGCGAAUGAACACAUGGGUCCGCAGGAAAGAUCAAGGGAAAGGAAUCCAGAAGGAAAAACGGUUGAUCGAAACGUUGCGAAGUCCACCUUAUUUGCUUUGCAUGCACACAAGGACCCACCAAAGCCGUUGUCUCCUGUGUACACUACCCCAGCUUCAUCAGAUGAUCGGUGCUCCCCUGCUUUAAGUGACUGGAGCAGACAUUCGGAAGACAGUGUGAAAAAGUCUAAAGAGAAUGCUGCACAAAACUUGGCCAAAACCUUGAACACGCCGUUGAUGCAAUCUAUGUUGGGAUUUAGGAAUGCAUCAGACCAAGGCCAAGGGAAUUCUAGUAACCAGAGUGAUAGCAGCAACCGUGAUCUGUCGUUGCCAAAUCGUAGUAAAGAUGUUUCUGUUAGUGGACGUUCAACUCCAAGCAUUGAACGGGACUUCAAUUUUCCAGUACUGGAGGAGAAACCAUACGAGGAGGACAUAUCAGGCUUACGGGCAUUGCUCCCGAAGGUCCUCCGACCCGACGUUUCAAAUUACAAAAUCUCCAAGAAUAUUCCUAAAGGACAUUGUUACAAGUUCCUCAAGUUAGGAUCGUGUCCUAAUCCGCAUUGUUCCUAUUCACAUGUCAUUCCAGCUGAACCGGUUAUCGGGGAUAUACGAGCAUGUCACAGAGGCAAUGAUUUGCUUGGAGCUGCAGAAGCGUACGCCUUCUUGAAGGCCAAGUGUGGGAAGAAGGAGGUUCGGCCAGACGUCGUGGCUUGUAUGAUUGAGAUGUGUCACAAGACUGGUCUGAUCGAGAUGGUCUUCCAGGUCUUACUGCCUGAUAUCAAGGAACUUAAACUACUUGAUACACAGUUGUGUGAUGGUCUGAUAGCCAUGUGUUUUCCCAAGCAUUGCCAGCAUCUAUGGGAGGUCUUCUGCUUCUUCAAACAGUGCGAAGAGAAAGCUAUACCUUCCAAGGAAAAGAUAUUUGAUUUGAUGAAGGAUUUGUUCAUGCGCCACGACUUUGAGAAAGUGUUGAUGGUAAUGCAGCAUUGGUCAACUGCCGAUAUCGACUUCAAUCCUAUCCUUGAUCUUGCUCUGCACUCAGAUGCACAUCUAAAUGGUGUGGUUCUCGUCGUUGAUAAACUGCCAAAACCCUGUCUAGUCAAGUUGAAUACAGAGCUGCUUGCCAACUUACAAGAGCGGUGUCUCCAGUGCUGUCAUCCCCAUGGUGCCUCAGUAUUGCAGGCAGCCAUCACAGAAAUCACAGCUGGUCAAAAGGCUCCUCCGGCCGUCAUACUAUCUCCCAAGAAUCAUGUUCUGACUGAUCUUAAUGACAGCCUGGCACAACUGCUCAGUGUCGGGAAGCUGAAGGAUGCAUUGGGAAUCUUCCAGAAGAUGCUGACUAUAAAUAACGCUGACAAGGUUGCUGCAUCUGCCUGUGGGAUAGAUAUGAACUUUGUCUUCAAUCAGAUGUUGAUGGCAGCUGUAAAGAAUAUGGACACUCGUAUGCUACUCAUGAUCUUUUCAAUAGGAAACAAAGGCAGUACUUUAAACCCACAAGAGGCUAUGUACAGGCUAUUAAUCAUUCAUUGUGUUCGAACAAAUAAUGACGGUAAAGCAGACUUACUGUACAAAAUGUCGCCAGCGCAGAAACAGUCUGUUGUCAACAUUCCGCGAAAGCUGACGUUCCAUUCGAAUCUCUCUUUGGAGGAGAUUCGGGUUAUCUUGAAAGCGUAUAUGAUUGACUUGUGUCGACUGUUGCGGGCCAGUGGGAAAUUGUCAUCGAAGAAUAUUGAGGAUUUCGUUAUCGAUGUGAUUGUGAAGAAAGUGGAUACUAACGCUGGCGGUGUGAAAGUUCUUGCUGCCAUUCAGAACACGGUUGAUGCAGUGAAUCAAAGAAUAAUCAAAGUUUUCCGACAUAUGAACCCACCAAUCGCAGCGGAAGUGAACCUGACCAGUAAAAAGAUAGACAUUACUCCGGAAUCUGUCCGAGUGCAUUUAGGAGCCCUUGAACGGUUGAGUACAACCUCGGGAAAGAAUAUUGUUUUUGGUGCUAAGGGUCCCCAGACCCCAAAGACUCCAGGGGCUAAUGCAUCCACUACCCCGAAAGCCACUCCCCCUGCUCCGGGCAAACCAACUCCACCUGGGGCGACGCCAAGAAUAUAAUGGGUGUGAUGUGAUACCGUUGUGGAUUACAGUUAGACUUCCAUCAAUCAAUACUGUAAAUACUAGUGAUUAUUUCAAGCCCGAAUGGGUGAUUGGGUGGUUUGGAGACAACUUGGGGGGGGGGAGGAAGUUGUGGGUGGUUUCCACCUGAUAAAUUUGAAGUUGUCUUUUACUUUAUUGUGAGAGCUUGGGGGCGGGGGACUUAAGUCCAUUCUUAAUCUUUACCGGGAAUCAGCUGUUGCUACAUGUAUUUGUGGUUUUAAUGCAAUUGUGACAGAUAGCUGUCAACCAAGGUUAACAAGUAAUUGUUUUGGUUCCGAGAAGAAGUUUGUAGACUUGUGUAUGUUUAUGUUCAGUGUUGCCUGUACAUAUCAAAUGCUAAAGUGAUUACCACAUGGACUUUGUGAAAUCAUGUUUUUAUUUCUGAUGUUUGGUUUGCGCAAAAAUAUGCCAGCCAUAUCAGUGCCCAAUUUGAAAUAUACGACUGAGUUAUCUUUUAUAUGGUUACCCCUGUCCUGUGGGGUUGAAGCAGUUGCAUCGAUUGUAGUUUCCAGGUGUCUUCAGUGUCUAAUUAUCUCCCAACUACAGUAUACCGAUCUGAUGAGAUCAUGCAUUUUCUACUGAAUACAUGUACAUGUACACAGUCAGCAAGCCACUUGAAAACAUGGUAUGGGAAAACUUGCAACAGUUUAAUAGUCUUUGUAUACAAAAAGUACUGACUGUUGUGAUUGUUCAGAAAGUCUAAACUUUUCAUGUUGAAGACUGUCCUUGCAUUGAAAAUAUGCUUGCUAUCCUGUUGUUUUA